AUGAAUGAGGACUUUGACAUGACUAAUCUAGGAAAAUUGCAAUAUUUUCUUGGACUUGAGUUCACUAAAUCCAACAAAGGCUUAAUAGUUCAACAAAAGAAGUAUGUGACUGAUGUUUUAAAGAGGUUCAAUAUGUUAGAUUGCAAUCCUGCAAGUACACUCAUGGAGACAAAUUUGAAACUGAACAAUGAUGAAAAUGGUGAAGCAAUGGACAGUACCGUAUACAAGCAAAUGGUUGGUUGCUUUAGGUAUGUUUGUAACUCAAGACCUGAUAUAUGUCAUAGUGUUGGAACGGUUAGUAGAUUUAUACAGAAUUCGAAGUUGACUGAUCAUAUGCAAGCAGUGAAGAGGAUCAUGAGGUAUCUGCAAGAUACAAUUGAUCAUGGCAUUUUAUUUCCUAAACUUAUAGAUCAUGAAGGCAAGUUAACUGGUUUUUGUGACUAUGAUCGGUGUGGUGACCAAGUAGAAAGGACAAGCACCAUGGGUUAUGUGUUCAAGCUAUUUGAUUUUCCAAUCUCUUGGAGUUCAAAAAACCAGACAAUGGUUGCUUUAUCCACCUGUGAAGCUGAGUACAUCUCAACAUGCUAG